CUCGACUGGGGGCCUCUCCAGGGAAGUAAAACCCAGUAGCAGCAACCGCGGAACUGUGCUCAGGACCUGAGUGAGCCGAGAGGUUCCGCCGAGUGCCAGCGGCGCCAGCUGGGGAGGAGAGGACGAGGAUACGAGGCUGAAAAAACACUCCACUUCCACCUGCCACUUUGUUUCAGAAUGUCAAGUACUGUGUCCUACUGGAUCUUCAAUUCUGCAAGGAAUCGUAUUGCUCUUUUACGAGGCGGGAGACGCCUAUACUCAAGGGCUGCCACGAGUAGGAACCCGCUGAAGUGGAGGCCCUUUUCUCUGGCAUCAGCAUCAUCAGCCUUUGAGGGCGGUUCUCCAUCUGGUGGCUUUGCCCUGCGGAAAGCCUACAGACACACAUCAACCGAGGAAGAGGAUUUCCACCUACAGCUCAGCCCUGAACAGGUCAGUGACCUGCUCCGAGCUGGUGAGUCAUCCCACAAGGUCCUUGAUUUCAACGGAGUUCCAAAUUCAGUGUUAAGGUUUGAGAGCAACCAGCUGGCUGCCAAUUCCCCGGUAGAGGACCGGCAAGGUGUGGCUACCUGCGUCCAAACGAACGGAAUGAUGUUCGGUAUUUUUGAUGGACAUGGGGGCCACGCGUGUGCGCAAGCGGUGAGUGAGAGGCUUUUCUACUACAUGGCGGUGUCCCUGAUGUCCCAUCAGACCUUGGAGCAGAUGGAGGAAGCAAUGGAAAACAUGAAGCCUUUGCUGCCCAUCCUGCGUUGGCUCAAGCACCCCGGAGAUAGUAUUUAUAAGGAUGUCACAUCCGUGCAUCUGGACCACCUCCGUGUCUAUUGGCAGGAGCUCCUUGACCUGCAUAUGGAAAUGGGGCUGAGCAUUGAAGAAGCAUUGAUGUACUCCUUCCAGAGACUGGAUUCUGACAUCUCGCUAGAAAUUCAGGCUCCUCUGGAAGAUGAGGUAACGAGGAACUUAUCCCUCCAGGUUGCUUUCUCUGGGGCAACAGCCUGCAUGGCCCACGUCAAUGGAGUUCACCUGCAUGUAGCAAAUGCUGGUGACUGCCGGGCUAUCCUCGGUGUCCAGGAAGAAAACGGUACCUGGUCAUGUUUACCUCUUACCUGUGACCACAAUGCCUGGAAUGAGGCUGAGCUGUCCCGGCUUAAGAGAGAACACCCCGAGUCCGAGGACAGGACACUCAUCAUAGAUGACAGGCUUCUGGGUGUCCUCAUGCCCUGCAGGGCUUUCGGGGAUGUCCAGCUAAAGUGGAGCAAAGAGCUGCAGCGGAAUGUCCUCGCGAGGGGCUUUGAUACCGAGGCCCUCAACAUCUACCAGUUUACCCCGCCCCACUACCACACUCCACCCUACCUGACUGCCAAACCCGAGGUUACCUACCACAGGCUGAGGCGCCAGGAUAAGUUCCUGGUGCUGGCCUCAGAUGGCCUGUGGGACAUGCUGGGGAAUGAGGACGUGGUGAGGCUGGUGGUGGGGCACCUGUCCAAGGUGGGUCGCCAUAAGCCGGACCUGGACCAAAGACCAGCCAACCUGGGCCUCAUGCAGAGUCUGCUGCUGCAGAGGAAAGCCAGUGGACUCCAUGCGGCUGACCAGAACACAGCCACGCAUCUGAUCAGACACGCCAUCGGGAGCAACGAGUAUGGGGAGAUGGAGCCGGAGCGGCUGGCUGCCAUGCUGACACUGCCAGAGGAUGUGGCCAGGAUGUACCGGGAUGAUAUCACUGUCAUGGUGGUGUUUUUUAACUCCGAUUCAAUUGAUACCUUCUGUAAGGAGGGUUAAGAGUCUUCCUCUGGUGCCAAGGCAGGAAUGCCCUUUAGAACACUUCACUCCUUAGUGAGCAAUUCAAACCUUAGUAAAGAAUAGGGGGACAUAGGUUGCUGAGUAAUUAGCAAAGGAAGGGAGGGAAAACCAGCCUUAGUGGUGGCGGUGGCGAUGACGACGACAAAGACAUUAAGUGAUUUUUUUUUUUUUUUUUUUUUCUGUGUGUGAGACAGGGUUUUUCUGUGUAGCAGGCAGAAUAAAGACUAAAAUUGGCUUAGGCUCACGUAGCCCAUGUCCUCUAUAAGACGGUUAAAUUGUGUCAUUCUGUGCUUUUAAAGGAUAAAUUUAAUCAUGAGUCUAAUAAAGAACUUCAGGAUCUUCUGAGACCCAGUUGCAGAUUUUACAGAUGCGAUUAUGCAGAACUCUGUUAUGCGCAGCGUCCAGGCUCUAGUGUCUUGUUUGUUUUUUAAUUAGGGAAGCCUAGGUUUACAAAGUGAUCUUCAGGGCACUUUUCUAUGUAGGAAUCUAACUCUGUGUGUGUGUGUGUGUGUGUGUGUGUGUGUGUGUGUGUUUCUGAAAUGACUGUGACGACAUUUUGUGCUGUUUUUUACCGCUGGUUAAGUUUAUUUUAAAACUGAACCCUCCAGCUCACAAGCAGGACUGCCAGAAGCACGUUUGGGUCCUGGCUGAGGAUGAGAGGAGCUAGGCCCCGGGCCAGCUGAAUUUAAUUGUGCAGCUAUUGUUCGCCUCAGUUGAGCCUCACCUCUGAACCUUCGAGCCGUCCGUCCGGGGAGGUGAUUUCUGUCUAAUCCCUAACUCCUGACAUUUUUGCUGAGUAAACUGUUCCCCCCCCCCCAGGCUUAGCCACAGGUUACUCAUUUAAUUUUAGGUUCCUUUUGAUUAUAGCCUCAACUCUUGUUUCCCCGUGACACAAUCCUACCUCUGCUAUUCUGUCUGCCUAGCCUCAUCCUGACGUUACUGGAAAAUCUUCCCUGUUCUAUCAUCCAGAGGUUGGAAGAAAGAAGGUGAUAUGGUUGGGUGGCAGUUGAGGACAUGUGGGCAGGACUUCUUCAGUGGUUUGUGGAGUUCAGCCUAGAUCUAGAGAAGUGAAAGUAAGGCCCUACGAGAGAACAGGCUUUCUCUCUGCAUCUUGGAAGGGAGGAGGGAGGCUUAUCAGAUGGGCCACAGGCCCCUGCCUGUUGAAUUGCCAUCGCUCCGCCUCGGGGACCAUAGUUAGUGUGAGAGGUAAAAGCUAGAAAUCAUCUGGCCGUAGUCUUCAUGGGUCACUGGUGUUUGAAAACGAAUCCUCAUGAAUCCGGUUUAGAGGAUACCUUUCCUCCUCUCUCAGGUGGCUGUGGCCUUGAACUUCAGGAAAUGUGUCCCUAAACACAUGUGGUUCUUUUUGGGCAGUUUUAAUUUCCUGUCCCUUGUCAGUACUUCAGCCAUCGACAAGGCUCUUUAGUUGAUCCUUUAGUUUCCACUGUAUCAUCCACACACUAGGUUUGGCCUCCUUGGCUUUGCAGGUAGACAUUUUGUUGAGUUUAGAUGGGGCUAGCAAAAUGGCUCAGUGGGUAAAGGCUGCCAGUCUCAAAACCCUGAGUUCCAUCCAGGGGACCCACGUGAUGAAAGGCUUGAGUUGAAAGUUGACCUCCGACCUUCAUGUGUGCACUGCGGCACGUGAACUCACACAAAAUAAAAAGAAAAAAAAAAUCAGAGCUGGGCAGUGUUGGUGCAUGCCUCUAGUGCCAGCACUUGGGAAGCUGAGGCAGGUAGAUCUCUGAGUUCGAGACCAACCUGGUCUAGAGAGUUCCAGGACAGCCAGGACUACACAGAGAAACCCUGUCUUGACCCCCACCCCCACCAAAAACAAAAUCAGGAUUGCUUUUUGUAUAUUUCCUAGUGUGUCUGUUUAGUGAUUUUAAAAAAAAAAAAAGACAA